CUGCAUCCAAGACCGUGCAUCGCUGGCCAUCGUCGUCGUUAUCGAUUCAUCAUUGUCAAUCCAAGAACAAGGAGAGGAUCAAAGUUUCGGAGAGAGAGCCAACUUCAAAGUCAGCGACCAUCCAUGGACUUCUGGCAAAAAGCUCGAAGUUUUGCCGAGGAAGCAGCCAAACGCUCACAGGAGCUCACUAAGGAAGCCGCCAAGCGAUCCCAGGAACUCACAGUCGGAGCUUCCAAGUUCUCCGACAUCGUCUCCGAGACCGCCAAGCGCUCCAAGGAGUUCGCCGCCGAGGCCUCCAAGAGAGCCGAACAGAUCAGAUUGGAAGCCUUAAAGCAGGCCGACAAGAUCAAGCACUUGGCCGAUGGGGUUGCCGUUGCCCCAGCUCUCAUGGAGCCUUCUGUGGAGACGCAAGAGAAGGAUCUGGAAGCCUUUGGAAUAACCGAGGAGUUGAGGGAUUUCGUCAGAGGCAUCACCAUCAGCACGUUUCAGGAUUUCCCUCUUGAAGAUGAUACGCAGUUCUCUGAUAUUCCUACCGUCUCAAAUGUUAGCCAGGAUCUUACAGAGUGGCAAGCAAAACAUGCUAAUCUUGUUCUUUCAACUGUUAAGGAAAUAUCAAAAUUAAGAUAUGAGUUGUGCCCACGUGUUAUGAGAGAAAGGAAGUUCUGGAGGAUAUAUUUCAUUCUGGUGAACAAUCAUGUGGCUCCCUAUGAGAAGAGAUAUGUAGAGGAUAUGAAGCUAAAAUCAGCAGAACAUGAGAAAGUUGACAAAGCUGAGGAACCUAUGAAGGAUGGAAUUACUUCUGAAGAACAAGUCAAGGAUGCAAACCACCAAAGUAAAACUGCAACCUCGUCAUCUGCUGAGCAAGAUUUGGAUGCAUUUCUCUUGGGAGAUCCUGGAGACAGUGAUGAUGGUCCAGAUGAUGAUGAUGAUGAUGAUGGGGACCUUGAUGAUGAAUUUGACAAAAUGGUGGAUGGAUCAGAUGAUGAGAAAGAGGACUUGUAGGAAUAUGGCAAAGUGGUUGGAACGUUGGUGGAAUUGGCUGCUUCAUUUGACAAGGAACCUUCACUUCGAAGGAUGCUGUUAAGGAUAGAUUUGCCUAACCUACAAUGGGAAACCAAUGUUAUAACUAGAAUUCCCAAGCAGUUCUUGUUUCUUUAUCCUCCUAUCAUUUUGUUAAUUCCCUUUGUUUAAUUUCCCCCCCCCCCCCCCCCCCCCCCCCUCCUAUUUCUUAAUCUCUUUUUUGUCAUUUUUGGUACCCUGAAGUGCUAUUUACUUUUAGUUAGCGAUUGCUUUAUAUUCACGUAUAUAUCGCUUCCUUUUCAUUUUAAACACAUUAAAUAAAUAGCUGGAUCCUUGGGGUUUUGUAUGAAA